AUGACGGCUCCGCCAGCGGCAGCUAUCCCGCCACCGGCAGCUAUCCCGCCACCGACACCCUUCAACUUCGACCGGACUUCCGAAUGGCCAGAAUGGAUUAUGUCAUUUGAUGACUACCGCUACGCGUCGGGGCUCAACGACAGAACGGAGGAGGCCCAGACAUUUGGCCUUACCGAAGAGGAGUCUCGAAGCUACGAGAAAGUGAAGAAAAAGUUUGACGCCCAUUUUGUGGCCACGAAGAAUAUAGUCUAUGAAAGCGCAAAUUUCCAUCGCCGGAAGCAAGAACCCGGGGAAAGUGCGGACAACUAUGUGACAGCCCUGCACGAACUUGCCGACCGCUGUGAAAUUGCAGAAUUCCGAGAUCGGAUGAUCCGCGACAGGUUUGUGGUCGGCCUCGAGGACGCACAGAUGUCGGAAACACUCCAGAUGGAUGCCACCCUUACGCUAGCGACUGCUCUGGCGAAGGCCAGGCUCAAGGAAACAGUUCACCGACAGCAACUGGAACUCCGGGCCGUCAGCAACGAGGCGACUACAGGCGAACUUGACGUGGUCCAACGAACAACGAGGAAGCCGUCCAGCAACUGGGAGGCUGGCGCCACAGCACAGCAACGCCAGUCGCUCCAGGGGUGGCCGCUGGGACAGCGGCGACCGCAAGGGUGCCAGUUCUGCGGACGUUCAAGCCACCCGAGAGCCCGGUGUCCUGCACGUUUCAGCGCGGUGUGA